AGGGGGAUCAACUUUAAUCAGUCACCGGGGACUGGAUGCAAAGGAAGAGGACAAUGCAGUUGGACAAGAAAUACUUCCAUUAGUUUCUCUUUGGACUUAUGAGGGUAAUCCCUUUAUUCUGCUGGACCAUGGCUGGCAAGCCAGGGAGGCAGUGGAGGUCCGUGUGCAAAGGUCUGGUUCUGGGCACCCUCCUGACCAGCUGCACCAUCCUGCUUUACUGCCUCUCCACUCCGCAGAUCCCCUUCAGUCACCCCGAGGUUCAAGUGCCUUACUCCUGUGCCCACCGUCCAUCCCAGCUCCACCCUAAACCACUCACAAACAGCUCACAACAACCCACUGGCCAGACCUGCACUCCUAAAGUAGAUAUCAUGUUCAUGAAGACCCACAAAACAGCCAGUAGCACCCUCCUCAACAUCCUUUUCCGCUUUGGAGAGAAGCACCGACUCAAAUUUGCCUUCCCGAACAGCAGAAAUGACUUCUUCUAUCCGUCCCUGUUCCAGCGCUCCCAGGUUAAAGACUACAGACCUGGAAUGUGCUUCAACAUUAUCUGUAAUCACAUGCGCUUCAAUGCACCCGAGGUGACCAAGUUGCUACCUGUGGACACUUCCUACAUCACUAUUCUGCGGGACCCCGCAGAGCUUUUUGAGUCAUCGUUCCACUACUUUGGCCGGCUAGUGCCUUUUACCUGGAAGAUAGCAGGUGAUGACAAGCUGACUGAGUUUCUACGUAAGCCCCAUUACUACUUUGAUCCAGAGGGCUUCAACGCUUUCUACCUCAAGAAUCUGCUGUUCUUCGACUUUGGCCAGGACAACACUCUGGAGCGGGAGGAUCCGCGGGUAGAAGAGGGAAUCAGAUUCGUCACUGACCGUUUUCAGCUGGUCAUGUUGGUGGAAUACUUUGAGGAGUCACUCAUCCUGCUCAAGGAUGCCCUCUGCUGGGAGAUGGACGAUGUGGUCUUCUUCAAGCUCAACGCCCGCAAGGGGUCCACUGUGUCUAAACUCACGCCUGAGCUGAGGGCCAGGGCUCUUGAGUGGAACGCUGUGGACUGGAGGCUAUACCAGCAUUUCAACCAGACUUUUUGGAAGAAAGUUGAUGCAUAUGGACGGCGGCGAAUGGCUGAGGAUGUGGCAGAGCUUAGGAGAAGGAAUGCAGAGAUGGCAUCCAUCUGCAUUGAGGGGGGUCGAGCUGUCGAGGCUGGCAGCAUCCGAGAGACAGCCAUGCAGCCCUGGCAGCCCAUCGGAGAGAAGUCCAUCAUGGGCUAUAACCUGAAGAAGAAUGUGGACAAGGCCCAUAGGAAGUUGUGCCGAAAGAUGUUGAUGCCAGAGCUUCAGUACCUAACAGAGCUUGGGGUGAACCUGUGGAUCACCAAGCUGUGGGGCCGUGUCCGAGAUAUCAUUAACUGGUGA